UCAGGCGCGGACACGCCCUCCACGCUCUGUUGCAGGUAGGAGAUCCGUCUCUCAAUAUUCAUUUGACAAAGUUGACAGUCCGGGAGUGGGCGUGUCCCGGUGUAAGCAGUAAGCGCGGUGUCCUAUCGGCACCUUUUAUAGGAGGAGUCAGUGGGCGGUGUACACGGCCCCGUAUAUAAGGAGCGGUCCGCCUCUCUUCUCCCAGAACGAUGCAGUCCCCGCCGGAGAUGAUCCGUGAAGAGGAGGGGGAGGAGAGUGGGAUGGGAGAAGCCGGGGCUCUAGAAACCGACCAUGGAGCGGUAGGAGGGGCCUCAGAGGAGAAGAGUGGGCUGCUCACAGGUAGGGAGAGUCAUCGCCGGAGGACUCUGAGCAGCAGUCGUAGGCGCAGUAAGAUCGACGCCCCGCCCCUCAAGAAUUGCAGUGGGAAGGGAGAGGCAGGGGCCCCAGACACCACCCCUGGACCAGAAGGGGCCCCAGGGACGGAUGACCUCCCCCCGGGUCAAGAUUAUCCCCGGAGUACUCCGAGCAAUGAUCUCAAUCGCCAUAGCAGCGGCUCCAUGUCCCAUAAGGCUCAGUCUUCGGACUCUGAGUGGUGGAAGAGGCUCAGCAAAAAAUCUGUGAUUUGUGGAAUUCUGGUUAUCUCAUUGAUUAUCACAGUGAUUUUCCUGUAUGUGAAAAUGGACAAUGCACCAGUGUGCAAAUGUUCUUCCUGCCCCAACAAGUGGACAAAAUAUGACGACCUCUGUUAUUUUGUGUCAAAAAAUUCCACUAUUUGGAAGGAGAGCCGCCAAUACUGUGAGAAGGAAGGGGGGUCCCUGCUGAUCCUCAAUGAUACAGUGCAGCAACAGAUUGAGGAACUUGUCCUGUUGCGGAACGAUCACUGGAUUGGCCUACAAAAGGAUCCAGGGAGUCAAGAGUGGAAGUGGGUAAAUGGAUCCAUCUACAGUGGCUCUGUGAGAGAUGGAAAAGAUCUGCGGAUGAACUGUGCGUACAUUAAUGAUGGUAUUGGGGCUCUGGACUGCUCCUCACAAAGACCCUGGAUCUGUAUGAAGGCUCUCUGAAGUGGGCACAUCAGCGUAGUCGAGACAGACUAACUAGAUCACUUCUGUGAUAGGACGGUCUGGAUAAGAUGUCUCUAGCCAGUACACGGAAUUAUAUGUGCUGGAGGAGACUGGCAGACUUAUAGGGUCCUCCCUGUUCCUGGAGGUGAGGUAUCCUGGUAUCUUCAGCAGAUCUCCUCUGUAUGGCUUGCUGUAAACUUGCUCCAAGACUGCUGUAGUCGCCUGAGCUGCUUUUUUUUUUUUUUUUUUUUUUUUUUUCCACCAUGACUAAACGCUGGCUCUGCACUGAAAUCAAUGUGUAUAUAUUAUCCCUAAGGGAUGUGAUGUACCAACUACAGCAAUCUGCAGUGUCCGAUGGGCGACUAACCCAAGCACUGAAGUUUUAUACUGUAUGUUGUGCUUUUUAAGGGACAGUUUACCCGCACAGAAUUUAUUAUUAUUUCUUUUUAAAUACAAGUCAAUCUAUGUCACAAUCAAUAUAAAACGUAUUCACAAAGACGUAUGAUCCUACAAAAUGGCUACAUUUAUUGGUUGACAUAAAUAUUUACAUGAAAUUAAAAUACCAAUUUCGUUACAUGAACGACUUGAAAAGCAAUAAAAAUACCUGCAGACUGGGCAUGCAGUCCCUUUGAUAUAAUGCUGUCAUGAUACAUUCUCAAUUUGGUUCAAUAACCUUGUGUAAAUGACAAUGAAACAGAAUGUCUGUCUGUAUUUCACACGUCCAACCGUUACUAUACUGCAGGUAAGUAAGUGGUUAACACUGUGAAAUAAAUUGGACGUUUGUUUUGUCACUAAAAUUGGAACUAUGGAAAAAUGUAAUCUUUAGAGAAAAAUCUACCAGUAUUGAUUAAUGAGAAUAAAUCAUAAUUGCUAAAUAUUCAAUACUUUAGAGAACAACAAUAGAUUCAAGAUAAAAUCAAAAAUUACAUAAUUACCCAUUCCAAAAUGGCUAUUUCCUACUGGCAA